CAGCCCGCCCCGCGCCGCCGGGCGCCCGCAGCUCCACUGGGCCGUGACACGAGCGACGUCCUGCAGCAGAUCAUGGCCAUCACCGACCAGAGCCUGGACGAGGCUCAGGCCAGGGUGUGACCAGUGUCAUCACAUUGGCUGGCUGGGCCUGGUUUCUUGGGAAGGAGGCCCCUGUUCCCCAUGAGCUAACUUUCUCACCACGCCUCUGCUGCCUCUUUCAGAAAGCAUGCCCUGAACUGCCAUCGGAUGAAGUCUGCUCUCUUCAGCGUGCUCUGUGAGAUCAAGGGAAACACAGCCCAGCUGUACCACUUGGUCCAGAGAACCCCUGGAGAUAGUUAAGGGCCCUGGACACGCCGUUGCUGUUGGGGCAUUACUGUUUCCGGCGACUCUCAGAACAUAGAUCUCAGGAGUAUUUGUGGACGCCCCACGGCCCUGCUCAGCCUCCACUGUCAGUGCAGAUGUUACAUAAGCUUUCCUUCCUGUCUGCUGUGUGCUUACAUGUGGAAGCCAAAGCCGUGAGCAUCCGGCAUCAGGAAGAGGAUCCUCCCGACGCUCAGCUCCUGAGGCUGGAUAACAUGCUGCUGGCUGAGGGUGUGUCCAGGCCAGAGAAGAGAGGACGAGGAGCAGCGGCAGGCACCACAGCGACACCAGGUGGCUGUCCAAAUGACAAUAGCAUUGAGCACUCAGACUACAGGGCCAAGCUGUCCCAGAUCCGACAGAUUUACCACUCUGAGCUAGAGAAGUAUGAACAGGCCUGUCGUGAGUUCACUACGCAUGUCACCAACCUUCUCCGGGAACAGAGUAGGGUGAGGCCUGUGUCCUCCAAGGAGAUGGAGCACAUGGUGGGCAUCAUCCACAGCAAGUUCAGUGCCAUCCAGAGGCAGCUGAAGCAGAGCACCUGUGAGGCUGUCAUGACCCUGCGCUCACGGCUCCUGGAUGCCAGGCGGAAGCGGCGGAAUUUCAGCAAGCAGGCCACUGAAGUGCUGAAUGAGUAUUUCUAUUCCCAUUUGAGCAACCCUUACCCCAGUGAAGAGACCAAAGAAGAACUGGCCAGGAAGGGUGGCAUCACGGUGUCCCAGGUCUCUAACUGGUUUGGCAACAAAAGAAUCCGGUACAAAAAGAACACUGGGAAGUUUCAAGAAGAGGCCACCAUGUACACUGGAAAGACCUCCACGGCCACCAUGGCCCGGGGCCCAGGGGGUCAGACCAGCUGCCCGUCCACACCCAGCCCAGGUUCCUGUGGCCCCUUCCCCCUGACCAGUGGAGGUGACAUGGUUCUCACCCUGCGGACCCUGGCCUUCCUCCAGCCCCCACCUGGGGGAGCAUGCCUCCAGACCCCGGCUCACAGCAGUUGGCAGAGGGCCACCACCCCACAGCCAACCUCGUCACCUGCCGGAGACUCUGGCAGCUUCAACUCAGAUGUGUCUAAUUAAGUUUUGGGAACCUGGUUGAGUGCCUUGGGUGAAUGGACCUCUGCCCUGCCAAUUACCUCAGAAGCCCUGGCUGUGGUGAUGGACGUUUCCUGGCUGCUCACCUACCUGCCUUGCCGUGAUUUUUUUAAACAACAAUUUGUUGGUUGACUGUGGAUUGUUCAUCUAGGGCUUUGUCUGAGCACCCCAUUAAAGUUUUUGACUUGUC